GGCCUCCCCGCUCCCGGGCCCCGUCCCUCCCUCGGCGGAAGGCGGGAAGCGGCGCCGGCCAUGGGUGACAUCCACGAGGUGCCGCGGCCGCGCAUCGCCACGGGGCAGCUGGCGCAGCACAUCGGGCAGCCCGUCUGCUUCGUGGGGCGCGUCGAGAAGAUUCAUCCUAGCGGGAAGCUUCUCGUGCUUACAGACGGACUCGGAAAGCACACGACUGUGGAGCUGAGCGAGCCUCUGGAUGAGGAGAUUUCAGGAGUUAUUGAAGUGGUAGGAAGAGUAACAAAUCAGGCAACCAUCAUGUGUGCAUCAUACGUCCAGUUCAGAGAAGAUAAAAGUUCAUUUGAUCUGGAACUCUACAAUGAAGCACUAAAAAUUAUUCAUGAAUUCCCUGAAUACUUCCCGUUUGGUACUGGCAGGAACACUUGAUUUUUAUUAGCAUAUAUUUAGGACUUCAGAGCAGACAACAGUGGUUUCUUGUCUGGCAGCAUAGUAACAGUUGCAUUUAUUUUCAACAAAUAUACUGAAAAGACACUGUUACAUGUGCUAAGUAUUGCCUAUGGAGAGUAUGUUCUUCAAAAAUGUAUUUAUUCAGCAAGGAAAACAAAUGAGAAUGUCUCACUGUAUAUAUUUAACCCUUUCACAUCUAUGAGGAGUGUUUUCUUGCAAAAUCAGACUUGUCAGAAACUCAAAUUCUGUAAGUAUCCUUUUCUAAUUGGUAGAGGUUCUAGGAUAUAUUACAGGAAACUUGUAUGGAAAAAAUUUGGUGGGGUUUCAAUACAGUGCUUUUUUUAUUUAAUGUGCUUUGAUAUAAAAUUAUUGAAUGGGGAGUAUUUUGCAUCUUGAGAAUGAUAUCUUCACCAAUAAAAAAAUUCACUGCAUUUAA